AUCUGCACUCAAACUCGCUGAGGAGUGGAUACUGGAGCCGUCGAUCACCCGGUGUCACUGCAGCAGGCUGCCGGGGUGUAACAUUAAACUGGGGAAUUAGAACGAGAGUCAGCUCGAAGCGGGCGCAGGCAGGCGGGAUACAAGGGGGCCGGGCUGUUAUCUCAUUAGCCAGCGGUUGCUUUUCCAACGAUGUGGCCACAAGCAACAGGCUGGUGAUCGCACGUAUCUCUUCCAGAUGAUGGGGGUUUAUUUGUCCAUUCCAGUGCACUUUCUGUAGGAGUUGGCUGGUUUACAAUGUAUGUGACCGACAAGGCAUGGAAUGUAGCCUGAGCUGGUAUCAUUCAGAUCUCACUUCCCCGGCCGCGCUCCGCAAGAAACUGUUGCUGCUUUUCACCAUGUUACUCCUCUGGCUCUACAUCCUGUACUCUUGCGCCGGCCUCUGCCUCUCUCUGCCCAGCCUGGUCUACGACUACGAGGCGGGCCGACAGAAGUCAGCCACAGCCUCUGGCGCCGGGGUCUCGGAGCUGAGGUCCAAACUGCUGCUGCUUCGCUCGCAGGCGGCAGGUGAGGAGACAACGCCGGCCACCAGAGACUUACUGCAGGACUAUGCGGCGGCUUCACAGACCGACAUCCCCACGGCCGCCAGCGGACACUCGCCGAGGCCCUUUGAUCUCAACCUGGGCGGCUUCGGAGCGAAGAAACUCCCGCAGGCCAUCAUCAUCGGGGUGAAGAAAGGGGGCACUCGGGCUCUGCUGGAGUUUCUCCGGGUUCACCCCGACAUCAGGGCCGUUGGGGCAGAACCGCACUUCUUCGACCGACACUAUGACAAGGGGAUGGAGUGGUACAAGGACUUGAUGCCUCGGACACUGGAAGGUCAAAUCACCAUGGAGAAGACUCCUAGUUACUUUGUCACUAUGGAAGCAGCUGCUCGAAUCUAUGCAAUGUCCAAGGAUGCCAAACUAAUCGUGGUGGUUCGGGAUCCUGUCACCCGAGCUAUCUCUGACUACACACAGACUCUCUCUAAAAAGCCCGAUAUCCCCAGCUUUGAGAGCUUGACUUUCAAAAACCGGACUACAGGCUUGAUCGACACGUCAUGGAGUGCUAUUCAAAUUGGCAUCUAUGCCAAGCACCUGGAGAAUUGGCUGCAAUACUUCCCCAUGCGCCAGAUCCUGUUUGUGAGCGGAGAGAGGUUGAUCAGUGACCCAGCGGGAGAACUGAGCAGGGUGCAAGACUUUUUAGCUCUGAAGAGGAUCAUCACAGACAAACAUUUCUACUUUAACCAGACCAAGGGCUUUCCUUGCCUGAAGAAGCCCGAGGGCAGCAGCAAACCCCAUUGCCUGGGCAAGACAAAAGGCAGAACCCAUCCCAACAUAGACCCGGAAAUAGUUCAGAGGCUGAGAGACUUCUACAGGCCUUUCAACAUGAAAUUUUACCAAAUGACAGGACAGAACUUUGGCUGGGAUUAAGGUCAAUUUGAUAACAGAGACAUGAAUUUAUUGCUAUAUAUAUAUAUACAUACAUAUAUAUAUAUAUAUAUGUGUAACUUGUACAGAAAUCUAUUUUAUAAUAAUUUAUUUUUAAUUCUUAAGCAAUUAAUUCACUAAGCUGCCUAACCACAUUGUACACUGUAUAUAGAUCAUAUCUUCUAACAUUCCACAAUUGUAUUUGCAUUGCUCAUUGAUGGUGCUGUCUUUCAUUGAUUACGUUUUAAUAUCUAAAAGCACAUUUUUUUUGUUACGGGUAUUCAGUGUUCAUAAGAUCUAACGGUUGGACAUUUGAUUCCUAGCUGAUAAACAUUGGGAGCAUGUAGACAGUUCAUCAUGAAAGCAAUGACUGGUCAGUUGGUCAAACUCAGUGCAGAAUUCAGUCUACAGUGGGAAACCAAAGCCACAGGGCCCCUGAGAGUGAAAUCUCUAAUAAUGUCAUUCAGACCUAUUUCUCCAUUUUAUGGACAAAAUGCCAUCUGUUUCUUUAACUUAUUUUUUUUAAAGUGAGCUGCUUAUCAGAUAUCUAUUAUUUAGUCUACAUCCAUGCUGAUCUAUUAAGAUUAGCUAGAAAAUGUGCAAAUAAACUAAAUACAAUUUUUCCUAUUUUUUUAAAAUUUGGAUUCUCAUUUUGCAUGUUAACUGAUUUUUAACUCAUAGAUUCUGAUCUUUUUGUUUUUAAAGUCACUCUUGCUUUUAAAUAUAGAAACUCCUCAAAUAUCACCAUUCAGUGACGAAAACUGUUCCUCUACAAAAUGGAAACUCUCUUUAAAAUGUUGCAUUCACUGAGCCUGCAAUAAGGUGCUCUACACAACUGUUUUGCAAUAGAUAUCAAUUUCACAUCUGCUCUGUUCACCCAAUUCAUAAUAUAACGGUAUAAGAAAGAAUUGCAGAUGCUGGUUUAAUCGAAGGUAGACACAAAAUGCUGGGGUGACUCAAUGGGUGAGGCAGCUUCUCUGGAGAGAAGGAAUGGGCGACAUUUUGGGUCGUGAACCUUCUUCGGACUAAUCUGUCUGAAAAACGGUCUUGACUCGAAACGUCACCCAUUCCUUCUCUCCAGAGAUGCUGCCUUACCCGCUGAGUUGCUACUCCAGCAUAUUGUGUCUACCUUCAUAACAUAACAGUGUAUCCAAUCUAUUGUCUUCCGCAAGGUAAAUUUAUACCUUGACAUGGUGGUUAGCUAUAAAUUUGUAAUAAUAAAUAUGUGGCUGAGUUUUAUUCAGCUUGCAUUCAAAAGUACGUAUAUUAGCAAAUGGUUUCUGAUAAUAUUGUACUUUAGAAUAGUUAAAGUGUAAAAAAAAUAUGUAAAUCAAGUAUUUUGUGGUAUGUACAACAGAAAAUUAAUUUUACACAGAUAAAAAUGUUUCUUUCUAGGAAUUUGGGAAAAAAGCAUCCUGUUUCUUGUUAUGAAGAAACAAAUAAAAUAUAUUUUACCAAA